CGCUCUUAGGCAGAGGCGUCGGCGGCUAUGUCAAUCUUCUCUCGCAUUCGCCCGUCGAUACACCUUGUCCCGGCUAUCGAUACCGCGAAUCCAGAGACAAUCUGCUGGAUGAAGCGGCGCCGCUGGUGGCCACCACACCACCAGCGUUGCGCGACAAUGCCGAGAGGAAUCCCAACGUCCUCUGCCCACUGGAAAUACAUGUGCAUGAUCCCACAACACGGGAACGACGACGGCGUCCCAUAAGCUAUCAUCAUACGGAGAAGCGAUACCAAAGAACCGUCGAGGACAAUUCUAAGAAAUGGAUUGAUCUCGAUGAAAAUGUAUUGGACGGUUACAUCUUAAUCGACGACAAAAACCUUGGUCCUUCGGUUCUCGAAAUUGACGGUGAGGAAUUGCCAUAUCCCGAGGAUGCUACUGAGUACGAUGACAACAAUGACAACGAUGAUGGUAACCAAGACGAAGAUACUGGCAGUCAUGGUAGAUGCGAGUGGUCAACAUACAAUCGAUCGAAGGAAAGUAAAUCAAAACGAUACUGGUCUGAUUUCGAUUUUGGCAUGACAUAUCCGCUUGCGAAUAGUCAUGGAAAUGCUUAUCAGGACUCGAGCAGCCACAGUAAGUACACGGAAUUGUAUUCGGAGCACCGAAAGGCGCGAAACAAUUUCGAAAUAGCUCACGGCCUUGACACGUCGUCGUAUGCAAUAGCGAACAGUCAUGGCGAACAUGGCAAGCUUUCGGCAGAUAUGCGGGACCGAGAUUACUCAAAAAGUGACAAUCUAACUUAUACUAGACCAGCAGAUAUGAAUUACGAGAUAGCCAACAGUCACAGCAAUUAUCGCGUAUUCUACGACAGUGAGACGCAACAUCAAGGUGUGAUGCCUACCUGGUCCUCGGAACUAUGGUCGGAAAACCAUAACGGAGAAUCUCACGUUGCGUCAGAAGAAUUUAAAAACAAUACUACAAAAAAAGAGAAUAAUGAAGAACAUGAGGCAAAUACGAAUCAAUCAGAAAGAAAAGACGAGCCGGACCCUGAAACUACUUACGAUAUCGAACAAUGCUUAGUACAAAUCGAGGAAAGUCUUUUAAAUAUUGAACAAAAUCUUCUUCAUGUUCAAGACCUAGAUAUUCCAGAAUUGCGGAAUCUACUCUACAAAAGUCCGAGUCUCGAACGGAGCCUUUACGAGGAUCUCUGUGCCGAUGGUACUAUUCCAAUUACUUCCACAAAUAAAUCUACAUCUGUGGAUUCGGACGAAGAAGAAGAGGAAGAAGGGGAGGGGGAGAAGGAGGAAGAGGAAGUAGAAGAAGAGGAAGUAUGGGUAGGCCAGAAUAUAACGAUUAAGAAUAACGAUGAUGGAGAUGCAAGUGCACCUCUUAUGAACAACUUUAAUGAGGAAUCCUUGGAUACAGUCAACGUUGACGAACAUAAUCCCUUAAGAUCAGCAGAUGAUCACUAUACCGAUGUAUCAAACCUCCAAGAAGAGAAAAAAGACUCAAAUUCUCAACAUUCGAAGAACUUUGUGCUCAAUAGUCUUGGUAAAACUUUGCCAAGAAAAAUCGCUCUAGAUGAAGUUAAAGAAAAUAUUAGACUUUGCUCGUCGGAGCCGGAAGAGCCCGCGGUUACGAUCGAUUACAAUUUUAAUAGUGCGUACGCCGAAAAGAAAUCCCUCUUCCGUGAUAAGUGGCACAGCAGGGCGAGCUCAUUAGACGAGAACUCGAUCUUCCAGAAUUCGGAACUGAGUGACAAGCAAGAGAACGAUAAAGCGUUGCAGGACGUCUUCCUUAUGACCACGGGAUCUCGUCGUUUAGCAGCCAACGUGAAAGCACUGUCGGAAGGCACUUUACAAACUGACCGGAAAAAACGACGUGAGAGAAGAGGGUCUCACGAGGAGAAGCUUCUACAGGCCGUUGAAGCAACGGCGGCGGACUUUCAAAAAAAACUCGAGAGUUUCGCGUCACAGCGACGAUCUAUUCUACAUGGACAGAAGAGAAUGGCACCAAAAUUAGCCAAGGAGGUCUCGGACAACGCAACGUUACGAUCGAGAGAAAAAUCACCUACGAAAUCGAAACGCGCGAUUCCGUCGACAGCUAAGACACGGGACAGAGACAAUAGCGCCGGUAAAAAUACCGGUGGUGAUAAGCGAAAGAGAAAGAAAUCGGGAAAAAAUCAAGGUGUCUCUGAGAACGCUCUGGUACCUAGCAAACUAAUCUCACUUUCACUAUCGUUGCUUCUCGCAGCCCUUCUGCAAGCGGUCAGAUGCUUGGCGGAUCUCGUCGAGGAUGCCUUCAGAUCGGUCAGUUACGAUAGAAGCGGAUUGUUGCAGUAAACUGCAAGACAGACACAACGCAACGAAUGUAUCGGUCGUAAACAAUGGAUUCCUAAGAGAGAUUUUAUGGCAAUUAAUUAUAUCACCGAUAAACCUCGUAAUCAUUUAAGAUUUAUAUGAUAUCUGUGAUAAUACUAAUGCUUAGGAUUCUCGACGAAACUUGUAUUAACGUCUGCUUCCAAAAUAUUGACAAAGUUUCAUCUUGUUAACAAGAAUCGAAACUGAUUUUAAAGAACUUAUAAAUAUAGUGUGCUGUGAACGUGAUUAUAUGACGAGCGCAUUAAUCUUAACAAUUGUUCUUUCUCUUUGAAAUAUAAAAUUAAAAGACAGAUACAACGAAACAAAAUACGAUAAGUACAUAACAAAUUUGGAUAACUCGAUGGUGCUGAAUACGUGUGAACGGUGUUUUCGUAUUACAUAUAUACGUUCGAAAGUGCCUGAAACCUAUCGCGUAUCACAUACGAGAUGCAGUACACGAUACACUAUUAAUGACACUAUUUAUGUCUACCCAUAAAUCUCUUUUUUCAAGUUGUAAGAGCAUUGAGAAAAAAUAAAACGAAGCGAGAAGAUAAAGUGCUUGAAACAUAAAAGCGUAAGUCGGUUUUCCCAACCAUCUUCUUUUUUGCGAUUCAAAGAACGUAAAUCGGGAAAUGGUAUUAUUAGACUUUUCGGAUACUCGACUUGAAAUAUCUGAUUAAAACAAUCACAGUAGAAUUCUAUUAUAAAUUGUUAUACAAUUUUAUAUGUAUACAAGCACAUAAAAUAAAAAUAUUCUCUGGAA